AUGCCUAGUGAGCGUGGCCCUCAGCGAAAAACCAAAGCUAAAGUUCCAAAACCGCCACGCGGUUCUGGCCUCAAUCCAUCCGGCGAACCAGCAACUGGCCAGCUUCACAUUCCUACUGAGCAACCGAGUAUGUCUCAGUUCAACUUCGAUGCGCAUGCGCCCAGUGGAGGAGUUCCUACCCCCAUAUCAAGUGGGAGCACAUCAUUCUAUGGCUGGAAUAUGCAGGACGCUGACCUCGACAGCCGCUUCCCUCAAGGCCAAUUCCCUCAUGGCCAAUACUACGGCGCUUCGUCCUCGGAGGACCCCUUCCAGGGCUCUUCUUUCGAAUCCUUACCUCAAGGCUCCAGCCACAACUUUCCUUCAAGUAGUACCCCCCUCCAGGGUACUGGUACCAGCACGAGCGCAUCGGAGAUGACGCUGAUCCAGCGAGGUGAGAUUCCGCCAACCGAUGUGAUGCACACGAUGGGCCCGCCAAGGGACACAACGAGGCGAACCCGACGAGCGAUGCCACCUACGCCACGUAUGAUCCCUUACCCUUCCACACGCCUGCAGGGCAAUUCAGAAUCUCUCCCAUCUGCAGUCGAAGAUUCAACUCCGCAAUCUGUAACGUCGUCAACGCCUCAACCCACGCGCAUCAAACUAUCGGAUGACAUCAUUGGCCAGUCCAUCAAAACGGCAAUGCAAUUGGUCACGCGCGAAUUAUUUGGAGAAAAGGCUAUGGCGAUUGACAAAGCCGCCAAGAAAAUCAUGCUGAACAAAGUUAUCUGGGACUCGGUACCACGUUGCUUUGCACCUAAUGCAACAUUUGAAAAUUUUAUCACGAUUAAACAUCGCAAUGAUGUUGCGAAUGCAUUGUCGUCAACUCGCGGCAAAUUCGCUGACUACGUGCGCAAGGGCGUCUUACAUGCGUAUCGGCUUUUCCCUCCACUGCAUAUCACCGCACCCGCCGUCCUCUAUCGCAAAUGCUUGAUCGACAAGAUCACAAAAGAUGGCGAUGGACUCGCUUUCAUGCAUGUUUAUAGCUUCAAUCAAGUCGAAAUCAAGGCUAAAUUCCAGAAUACGUUCAUCAUGACCAACGUUAUCUAUUUUGUUUGGCACGGGAUGCACCAAGAGUUCCUCGGCGAGACUGAGGAACAACAAAUCGAAAAUUUGAAGUUCAUGUGGGCGCUUGCCAGCACAGCGACGUUCUGCAGCCUCGAUGGACAGUACGAAGUUCCGGUGAAAGUGGAUAAUUUUGGAGGAAUGGGAUCCAAUCGCAAGUUCCUAUAUAUUCUCAGUGCGAUGAACAACCUUUCCGGCGACGAGCGAGUGCAGUUUCACAACUUUUUGCGAUUGGUAGACUCGCCGAUGGCGCACGCACUAUGGAGAAUGACGUCAAGCCUGAUCUCGUCCUUGUACGAUAGCCAGGUGCCCGGCCAGCGUGUGGAUGUCUGUGACAGUCCCACCUGGAGUUCUGUUUCGCCAUCACAUUGUGAAGCUCAAACUGAAGAAUCUGCUGUUGUGUUUGCCAGAUAA